AUGGACCAAAGCACCAACAAGACCCUUGAGCCGAUCAAGGGAGACGACAAAUUUGUCGAGCACGCUCCUGAUGUCUACCCAGGCCUCUCACCAGAGGAUGCCGAGUUUAUGAGGGGGUAUGAAGGAAAGACUGGCAAGAAAGUUGUCAAAAAGAUUGACUUUCGACUUCUCCCCAUUAUGGCCGUUCUGUAUCUACUUGCGCAUAUCGACCGAGGAAAUAUUGGAAACGCGAAAAUCGAGGGGAUGGACAAGGAUCUUGACCUUGUUGGAAACCAGUACAACAUCGCCAGCACCAUCUUUUUCGUGCCUUCCAAUAUUGUCUUGAAGAAGGUCAGAGCGAGCAUUUGGCUGUCAUUCUUGGUUAUAUGCUGGGGAACAGUCAUGACCUGCAUGCGAGUAGUGCAGAACUUCCAAGGCCUCGUUGCGUGCCGAGUAAUUCUCGGAGUAUUCGAGGCGGGCUUCUUCCCAGGUGCCGUCUUCAUCGACUCAAGCUGGUACCCUCGUUACGAACUUCAGCAACGUCGCGCCAUUUUCUACACAGCUUCAGCAUUUUCUGGUGCAAUCAGUGGCCUUCUGGCUUUCGGAAUCGCUUGUCUCGAUGGUGCUAGAGGUACUGCUGGAUGGCGCUGGAUCUUUCUUAUUGAAGGAGCUGUGACUGUAGCAGCUGGUCUCGUGAUGCCGCUACUCAUUAUCGACACUCCCGAAAGGGUCAAGUGGCUUUCGGAUGACGAGAAGCGAUAUGUGGACCUCCGUUUGCGACUGUCUGGAGCCAGAUCAAACACGGAAGAGGGCGAUAAGUUCUCAUGGAAAUUGCUCUUUAAGACUAUGGUUGAUUGGAAGGUUUUGCUGGGCAUUAUUCUCGCUUGGGCUAAUUCUGUCCCUAAUGCUGCCUUCAAGUUCACUAUGCCGCAGAUAAUCAAGCAGCUUGGAUUCUCAACUGCACAGUCACAGCUCUGA